CGUCGAAGGUGAAGAGGUGAACAUUGAAGAACUCGCUUCUAACCUCUCUACUUACCGGGAACAGCUUCAGCAGGUCCGCAAAGUAUUGAAUGAUGAUCCUAAGAACUCUGAACUUUUGGAUAUGGAGAAGGAACUUGUGGAGUUUGAAGGAACUACCCUGAUGAGGAGAGAUCUUUUUGUCCUUGGUUCGUUAAGGUCUGCUAUGUUUGGUGACGGCCAGCUUGCCUCUCUCUCGUGAUUUUCAGAUGUCUCUCUGGAUUUGAAGUUCAAUGUCUUUUAAUCUCUAGUGAGUUGCAUUAGGAAAAAAAAUGUUUGUUUUCUAAUUUGAACUUUGUUGAUUAUGUGGCAUCAGGUGAUUACGUUGACAGAAGAACUUCUGGCAACUGCAAAACAAAGUGAUGGUAAUUCUGAACUGGUUGCUGGGACUAGUGCGGAAGUGUCUCCUAGCUUACAUCUUCCUGGGAGCUCUUCUGAUGUGAAAUCAAGAUCUAUUGCUAAUUAUGGUGAUAAGUUCCCAGUUGGCGCAAAAGUUCAAGCAGUUUGGAGUGAAGAUGGAGAGUGGUAUGAUGCAACAAUUGAGGCACUUACUCCAAACGGGUAUUAUGUACGGUAUGAUGGAUGGGGUAACAAGGAAGAGGUUGAUCCCGAUAAUGUUAGACCAAUUCAAGAAGGCACUCCCAACCCUUUGCUAGAAGCUGAGAGGAUAGCUGUGGCUACAAAAGAAGCCCUUAAACGAAAGAUUGCCCAAGCUGCUGCCAAAGACUUCGAAAACUGGACUGUGCCACAAAAACUUCGAAUUGAUCCAAAUGACCCUGAAGAUAUGAAAGCUGCCAAGCGGAAAAAAUUACAUGCUUUUAAGUCCAAGAUGCGGAUUGAAGCAAAAGAAGUUAUGCAGAAUAAGAGGCAGAAUGCCUGGCAGCAAUUCCAGACAACUAAAGGCCGGGCUAAAAAGGUCGGUUUCUUCUCUGGGCGAAAGCGAGAAAGCAUAUUUAAAUCCCCAGAUGAUCCUUUUGGGAAGGUUGGGGUAACUGGAAGUGGGAAGGGUUUGACUGAGUUUCAGAGAAGAGAAAAACAUCUUCAUCUGAAAGGAGCUAAUAUAGAAAUUGCAGAUGGUGAAAAUGUAGAAACUUAGAUACUGAAUAUAUUUUCGGGUUUUCUUGUGGUUGUGUAGAUACAUAUCAAAACUUCCGACCAAUUGUGAACAGUUUUAGUAGCUUUAAGGUUGGGUGUGUUGCUCUUAUUAAGCAAAACAUGCUACUUCUAUCACUGCAGUUGAUAAUUCAUAAUACUCAAAUUAAUAGCUUGGUGCUUAUGCUGCUAUGCUGUCUAA